UGCAAUUCUUCUCUUUGUGUCACUAAAUGUCAAUUAGUAAGUCGCGCCGAGGCAGUGAUGGUUAUACGAAUAGUACCGCCAUGUAAGAGAAGAAGAAGCGGAAACAGCCACCACCGUUCAGACAUUCGCCAAAGGAUAAAGAACUUGAAAAAAUCAUGGAUUGAGGAGAAGAAACUCAGAAAGUUGGAAGAUGUUGUUGUGUCGGCGAGUGACGAGAACGAGGACAGGACUCGACAAAGCAGGGUACGGCCUGAAGAGUACACGUGUUCGGAUGAAGAUGGAAGUUCAGGACUAGAACCAGUACCAAAGAAAAGAAAAAGGGACCUCUCCGUUCGACGUCCAAAACUUCAGGCAAUUGGGGAUCUACGGAUGAAGACGCUCGGCAUGAGGACGCAGACACUCAGCCAUCUCUCCCCACAAUCCUCUACACUUACAAAUCCAAUCCUCUACACCAACAAAAAAAAGUCGUUAACGCUUCUCCCAAACGACCUCAUUCCUCCAACACUGAACGAAAUAAUACACAGGAAUGAGGUAGAUUCUUGCCAGGAGGACGAAGGAGUCCGGGUGGGAAUACGAGAGGCGGAUAACCGAAUAUGA